GUGGUGGAGGAAAAGAACAAUACUAUAACUAAUCCAUGUAUAAUCACAGGAGGAACCAUUAACAGUGAAAUAAUAUAAGUUUUUCAUCUUUAUGAACUUAAAAGGGAGGUAUUUUCCAAGGCGGUGGGAGGCUGGCGGGAACGGGAAGACAUCAGCUGCUGUUGCCUGUGUGUCUGUGUGGGCUGUGUGUCUGAGUGUGAGGCCCGGCACAUUGCACGCAUCUUCCCCCACCACCUCACUCACACCACCCCACACCUCUACACUCCACACCAGCCCUCCACACAUUCGGGUGUGAGGCCAGCCCUGGCACCAUGGACGAGAGCAGUGCUGGCACCAGCAGCAUAACAAACAGCACAAAUGGCUCGGAGAAGAAAACGGGAGGUGGACUGCGGAACUUUCGAAAGGGCAAAGGACAAGUUUCUCUUCUGAGAUUUUUUCGUAAUGAGAGCAAAAAAUCAGAGGAGAGUAAAGAGUCCAAAUCUUCCUCGCCGCCCGUCAGCACAACCAGCAGCAUUGACGCCGAUCGUUCAAGCAGUCCAGUGUUCAACUCCUCAUCUAGUGUGAAAACAAACACAUCAUCUCAGAGCCAAAAUGACAAAUCAGUGAAGGAAAGCGAUAGAGAGGUAAGUCCAGUAUUUAAGAGAAAACUCAGCACUGAAAGACCACUGAACAACAUAACCAGGACCAGUGUUAUGUCAGGCACACAGCAGACAGUACUGAAGAUGAUGGUCCAAAAACCCACCACCACCUUAUCAGUGCGCACUCUGUCCAAGCCACUCUUUGUCGGAGCUCCAAGUCCUGAGGGGAAGGAGGAGGAGAGUCCCAAUGAGGCUGACAAUGAUGAGUCCUCCUCAGAAAGUCCCCUGGGUGGCAUGUCCAUGAAGACCCUGAUCAGCAAGACCUCACCGACCAAGAGAACACUCAAUACCUCAGACCUGGAUGACAGCCAAGACAGUCCUUUCUUCUAUACACGGGUGAAGCGUGCCAGGAUUGUUGCCUCGAGUGAUGAGGAGGAUGCGUCUGACAGCAAGAAGCCACAAGUCAAUGGCCAUGGAAAUACCUCACCUGAGUCUUCCAAGAAGCCAGAUGAUGACAGCAUUGACAAGUUCAUUAAUAUGUGGGAGAUGGUCUACCCUUUUGUCGACAAAAUGGAAUGUUUGGACAUAUACAAAGCCAAUGACUGGGAUGCCAAGAUCACCAUGAUGCAGUUGAGCAAGAUCAGCCGGGACCGGAGGGACAAGGACAAGAUUCAGAAAGCUGAGGAGGAAUUGCAGAGGAAAAAGUUGGCAGCAGAAAAGAAAGAAGAAUUAAAGAAACAGAAAGCAACAGAAAAGGAAAUGGAAGCUAUAGCUAGAAAUGCAAUGAAGCAGAAACUAAAAGCCAAAAAAGAUUCUUGGAAAGCCAAAGCUGCCAUGAAGCAGACUGAACAAGACAUAGACGAGGAGGAGGAGGACUACCAGAUGACGGGAGCCAAGGUGUAUGACAGUGAUGAGGAGUCGGGAGCUGAGGAGGAGGAAACUCCAAUGCUGAAGGGAGACCGCCAGUUGGUGCUUAAUUUCUUCAAUGAGGCCUCGGUUGGAGAACUGGCAGCCAUUGGUGGCUGUUCUAAGAAGAAGGCGGAUGUGGUGGUGCAGCUGCGGCCUUAUGCUGACUGGCAUGACAUUGUCCACAAAUUUCAAACAGAGAAGUAUGUUAGUACAGAUCUCCUCAAUGAAGCCAAGACUGUGUUGCAUGUGAGAAGCAGCGUUCAGAAGCUGAUGAAGAAAUGUGAAGAUAUUGCCAAAGACAUGCAGAGUAUUGUUUCCAGAAUUGUCAAUGGCGAGGAAGAUGCAGGGAUCAGCAAGCAGCCUGAGUCUCUUAAUUCCUCCAUGCAGCUAAAGGGGUACCAGCUCAUUGGUCUGAACUGGCUGGUGUUGAUGCAUGAACAAGGACUGAACGGUGUGCUGGCUGAUGAGAUGGGUCUGGGGAAGACAGUCCAAGCUAUUGCAUUCCUGGCAUACAUCAAGGAGGUGGAGGAUCCCGAGAGACCAAACCUCAUCAUUGUUCCCUCCUCCACUCUUGACAACUGGGCACGGGAGCUGGAGACAUGGUGUCCCUCCCUGGAGGUCCUGCACUACCACGGCUCACAGGAGGACCGGCGGAGCAUCCGGUGUGCGAUUAUGAAUGGCACGCUGGAGGAGGAACCCGAUGUUAUACUCACCACGUAUAACAUGGUGACCACAAGUACUGAGGACAGAGCUCUCUUUAAAAAGCUCAGAUUCCAUUCAGUUGUGCUGGAUGAGGCUCAUAUGCUGAAGAACAUGGCUUCCCAGCGCUAUGAAAACCUCAUGAAGAUUAAGGCGUUUCGACGUGUCCUUCUGACCGGCACUCCUCUGCAGAACAAUUUAGUGGAGCUCAUGUCCAUCCUCAUCUUCGUCAUGCCGCAAUUGUUUGAUAGUAAAAAGGAGGAAUUAAAGCGAGUGUUUGCAAUGUUCCCGAGAUCUGAUACCAGUGGGAACAAAGGACGUUUUGAGCGAGAGAGAAUUGAGCAAGCUAAGCGUAUAAUGAAGCCAUUUUUCUUGAGGCGACUAAAAUGUGACGUUCUAAAGGAUUUACCUUUGAAGGAAGAUGAAGUCAUUUAUUCACCAUUGUCAGCAAGACAAAAACAAAUCUAUCAGGAUACAGUUGCAAUCCUCAGUAAAAAAGCUCAGCAGCAAAAAUUAGAAUUUGAAAAUGUGGAUAUGAAGAAGUUAACAGAGUUGGAGGAGCUUGAAGUUACCAGUGGUUCAAGAAAACCCAAAGAAAAGGAUUCUGAUGCAAGUUCCAACAUGGUGAUGGUCCUCAGGAAAAUUGCAAACCACCCUCUGCUUGUCAGGAGACACUACACUGAUGCCAAACUGAAGGAGAUUGCAAAGAUCCUAAAGAAGACAACCCACCGUGAUUCAGUCCUGGAGUACAUUGUGGAAGACUUUUCGGUCAUGUCAGACUUUGAGAUCCACAACACCUGUGCCCAGUACAAUCACAUCCGGCAGUAUCGGCUGGACAAUGACUACAUCCUCAGCUCAGGCAAGAUGGAGCAGCUGGAUGUGCUGCUCCCUAAACUAAAGGAAGAAGGAUCUCGAGUAUUAAUUUUCUCCCAGUUUGUCAUUGUAUUAAAUAUCCUGGAACAGUACACAAAGUUGAGAGGACACAAAUAUCUGAGAUUCGAUGGGACUACGCAAGUAUCAGAAAGGCAGGAACUCAUAGAUAAAUACACCGAGGAGGAGGACAUCUUCCUGUUCCUUCUGUCUACCAAAGCAGGUGGCCUGGGGAUCAACCUGACAGCUGCCAACACUGUGAUCCUUCAUGACAUUGACUUCAAUCCUUAUAAUGACAAGCAGGCCGAGGAUCGAUGUCACAGAGUGGGUCAGACACGACCAGUGAAAAUCAUCCGUUUGAUCAGCAAAGGCACCAUCGAGGAAGGCAUGCUGCAGAUUGCUCAGGAUAAGUUACAGCUGGAGAGGGAAGUCACAGGUUUGGAAGAAGGGCAACAGAAGAGAGAUGUGGGAAUGCUAUUGAAGGUGGCGCUGGGUCUGGUGAAGCCUGAGGCACCGAGUUCCUCCUCUAGCAGUGAAAACAAGCCACAGGAGGAGGCCCAAGAUGUUGGGCCUGAAGGUGACCAAACCCGGGAUGAAGACGCCCCAUGUGAAGACUCUCAGGGUAACGGUUGCAACACUGACAACUCUGACGGUGAUGAAUUGUAGUUCUCCGCACCAAUAGGCAUCAAAUAAAUCCCUGGGGCAUCACAUUCACCUGGAAAGCUGCCUUACAAACCCACAAAAUGGAUCGAUGGAAAAGCAAGGCUGUUCUUUUGCACUGACACUGGCAAUUACAAUUCUUAAAUUUCUGAAGGAUAUUUUAUUUUAGCCCAUUAGAUGUACUGUUGAGGACAGACCAGAAUGAACCAACAUAUACACAUUUAAAAAAAAUUUUAUAUGAUCUAGAUCUCCCUCUUAUUUAUUAAACAGGUAUUUAUGACUGCGACUAUAUUUCUUUUUUUAAUGAUGUGCCACCCCAUUUCUCUGGGAGAAGGGCAAAUGUAUAAAAGAAAAUACUAUAUUUUGGUUAUUUUUAAAAUUAUGUAUUUCUUUUCUUAUACGUAAUUUAAUUUUAUAAUAAAAAUCAAAUGUCUUCA